CACUGUCAACAAAGAUGGCCGCCCUUCAGAUUACAAGGAGAAUCUCAUGAGCCUCCCGAAAUAUCCUGAAAUAUCAACAUGCCGAAGAAGGGCAAGAAGGGAAAGAAAGGGAAGAAGGGUAAAGGGAAAAAGGGAAAGAAGGGAGCAAAGAAGAAUGACUCUAUUGCAAAGCUAGCCGUAGCAAACUCUAAAGCAUGGGAGGCAAGACUAGAUGUGGCAGAGAGUUCCAAGCAAGAGUACAGAGAGCAUGCAAAGAAGCUAAUGCUGGAGAACGAUGGCCUACAGAGUACCAUGUUGAGGUCCGAGCAGGAGGCCAUUGAAAUCUUCACACUCUUACAGAAAAAGGAUGAACAAAAAAAUAACACACUGGAGAAACUCCAGCAGUCUAUCCGAGAUCAGAAGAAAGAUCACCGAAAGGACAAGGAAAAUAUUGUGGAGGACUUCAGUCAACAGAUAAAUGAAUUGGAAGAACGACUGUCUGAGCGAAGUCGCGAGGUCGACCUUCUGCAAACGGAACUCAAGCAGGUCAAAGAGUUUCGACGGAAGAGAGGCCAGAUGCAGAAAGAUCUUGAUGAGAUAAAAGAAUCUAUGUACAAUGCUAAUCGAGACCAUAAAACUACACUUUCACGUAUGGAACAGAAAUUUUUUGAAGAAAAGAUGCGACUUCAGCAGGAAGCAAACCAGAAGAUUGCAGAAUUAGCAGAGCGUGCUCACACAGAAGCUAUAACAAAUCUAGAUGAGACUACAAAAUCGGUGUAUAAGGAGAACGUUCGAUUGUCGGAGGCCCUGAACUAUCACAUGAAAGAGGGAGAAUUACUGAAAAAGACAAAGGAGAAAUUACUAGAGGAAAACGAAAAUCUGACAGGGGAGAAGGAACUCAAUGAUAUGAUUGUCCAAGAGAAAGUUAUACAGUCAAAACAGCAAAAAGAACUUGUGCGACAAUUGAAUGAAAAGGUGCAAACACUGGAACAAUCACUAAGUCAUAUGGCCAGAGAGUUCAAAACCGACAAGAAGGCAGCCAUGGAAAGAUCACGUAUUGAAAAUGAGGCUGCAAAAAUUGAAAUUGCAAAACUCCAGAGAGUAAUAGAGCUUAAAACUAAGGAAAUGAACAAGGUCAAAAAACUUGCGAAGAACAUUCUUGAUCAGAGGACAGAACUAGAAAGGUUUUUUCUAGAGUCUCUUGAGCAAGUCAGACAGGAAAUUGCAGCCAACCAGGCUCAAUAUCGCAGAGAUGCACAGGGUGCAUAUCAGCAGAGGAUGCUUAAAGCAUUCUCAGGAAAGGGAGAUUACCCCAGAAUAAGGACAUUCAAUAAAUCGGACCAGAGCACAAACAGUGUUUACAAGGACUUAGAAGCUGCAGAAACCUUAUAUGACAUAUCUGGUAAAGUUGACAUUGGGGACCUAACAUGGGAACAGAAGGAACGAAUCCUGCGAUAUCUUUUUGCUAGAAUGAAUGGAAAUAAGAAAAGGGAUGGUAAUUCUCUCUCUGCCCCUCCCCUCCCGUCGAUAGAGCAGAGACAACACCGGUUGAGUCUAACCCAAGGAGAAAAGACUGAAGAUGAUGCUGGUGCUACCUUCCUUACCCAGGCUCAGAUAGACCCUCUCUCAGGGCCAGACGGAAUACCAGACCUACAGAAGGCAUGGAUGGAGCCACACCCUCCACCUGUGGCCACAUAGCAAGUUCCUCAGUUACACCUGAAAAUCUUGUAUUCAUAGCAACCUGGGUCAAGUAUAGAAGCCAGAUAUGCUAUUUUAAAGCGAAAAUCAUUACAACUGGGAUCAAGUUGGAGGUCACCAUUUGGUGUUGUCUAUAGCAGAGUAAACAUUGAUUUUGUGUCUUACAUAUACGAUUCAAGGGCCAACCACCGUUAUAAAGGACAAUUGUGAUUGAAUGCCAAAAAUAGACAUGAACUUGAAAUGAGCUAGUUGCAUUUGUGAACUGAAUGUUGUUGUCAAACAAAAACCUUUGAUAUUAAAGGUUAAAUCUUUGAUAGUGCCUAAAACUUGUUUCUACAGUAUUGGAACUAGUUAACUUUGAUGCCAAGUUCAUUUUUUUCAACAAGUGUAUAAAUGUGUUAUAUAUGGACAUGUUCAUACACAACAAAACCUGUUCUUACUGCUGUGCAAGAUUAAACUUACAGAAAAUUCAGAAGAAG